UUGAGCUCCGUGAGUUAUCCUUCAGCUCGCUGUUAGCUCUGCCGCUGUCAGAGCACAGAAGGACUCCUCGCUGAAUACACGAUGGACGGAGGACGCCGCUGAGGAGCCGCAUCCAUCCUGUCCGGAGUUCAUCGGGAAUAUUUGCUGUAAACUUGGAUCUUGUCCUUUGGCUUUGAGUUACAAGAACUUUUUUUCUUUUCUUUUUUCUUUUCUUUUCUUUUUUUUUCUUUAAACAAAAACGGAGUGUGAACUUCACAGAGGUUCACACAACUACUGGAUCGCGGGGAAUACGACAGAGAAGACUGCGACUGUUGUGAGGACGGAGGAUGGGGAGCCGGGGCCACUACCGGUACCACUGGCAGAGCCACAAUGUCAAGCUCAGCGGAGUGGACGACAUGGUGCUGCUCAGCAAGAUCAAUGAGGACGCCAUCGUGGACAACCUCAAGAAGAGAUACAUGGAUGACUACAUCUUUACAUACAUCGGCCCCGUGCUUAUUUCUGUCAACCCCUUCAAGCAGAUGCCAUACUUCGGGGACAAAGAAAUUGAGAUGUACCAAGGCGCAGCUCAGUAUGAGAACCCUCCUCACAUCUACGCUCUGGCAGACAACAUGUACAGAAACAUGAUGAUCGACCGAGAGAACCAGUGUGUCAUCAUUAGUGGAGAAAGCGGAGCAGGAAAGACGGUGGCAGCCAAAUAUAUCAUGGGCUAUAUCUCCAGAGUUUCAGGGGGUGGACCCAAAGUGCAGCACGUCAAAGACAUCAUCCUGCAGUCCAACCCGCUGCUCGAGGCCUUUGGCAACGCCAAGACUGUGAGGAACAACAACUCCAGCAGAUUUGGGAAAUACUUCGAGAUCCAGUUCAGCUCUGGCGGCGAACCAGACGGAGGGAAAAUCUCCAACUUCCUUCUGGAGAAGUCGCGUGUCGUCAUGAGGAAUCCUGGGGAAAGGAGUUUCCACAUAUUCUACCAGUUGAUAGAAGGAGCCAGUGGAGAGCAGAAGAACAGUCUGGGAAUCACAAGCCUGGACUACUACACUUACCUCAAUCAGUCUGGCUCCUACAAAGUGGACGACAUCAACGACAAGAGUGACUUCCACGAGACAAUGCAUGCCAUGGAUGUGAUCGGCAUCUCAGCGGAGGACCGCUCCAUGGUGCUUCAGAUCGUGGCUGGCGUCCUGCACCUGGGAAAUAUCACUUUCAGGGAAUCGGGCAACUACGCUGCCGUGGAGAGCGAGGAGUUUUUAGCCUUUCCCGCGUUUCUGCUUGGAAUUGACCAAAAUCGCCUGAAGGAGAAACUGACCAGCCGCAAGAUGGACAGCAAGUGGGGAAACGCAGUGGAGUCUAUUGAUGUGACGCUGAACGUGGAGCAGGCGUGUUACACGCGUGACGCCCUCUCCAAAGCUCUGCAUUCACGUGUGUUUGACUACCUGGUGGAGUCCAUCAACAAAGCCAUGGUGAAGGAUCACCAGGAGCUAAAUGUUGGAGUGUUGGACAUUUAUGGAUUUGAAAUUUUCCAAAAAAAUGGAUUCGAACAGUUCUGCAUCAACUUUGUGAAUGAGAAGCUCCAGCAGAUAUUCAUUGAGUUGACUCUAAAGGCGGAGCAGGAGGAGUAUGUGCAGGAGGGCAUCAAGUGGUCUGCUAUUGAAUACUUCAACAACAAGAUCGUAUGCGACCUCAUCGAGAGCAAAAAUCCUCCAGGUAUCAUGAGCAUCCUGGAUGAUGUGUGCGCCACCAUGCACGCAGUGGGCGAGGGAGCCGACCAGACCAUGCUGCAGAAGCUCAGAGUCCAGAUCAACACCCACGAACACUUCAACAGCUGGAACCAGGGCUUCAUAAUCCACCACUACGCUGGCAAGGUGUCCUACGACGCUGAAGGUUUCUGCGAGAGGAACCGAGACGUCCUUUUUACUGACCUCAUUGAGCUGAUGCAGAGCAGCGAAAUCGCCUUCAUCAGAGCACUGUUUCCAGAAAACCUCAACGCUGACAAGAAGGGCCGACCCACAACCGCAGGCAGCAAAAUAAAGAGACAAGCCAAUGACCUAGUGAGCACACUGAUGAAAUGUACUCCUCACUACAUCCGCUGCAUCAAACCAAAUGAGACCAAGAAGCCCAGAGACUGGGAGGAGAGCCGAGUGAAGCACCAGGUGGAGUAUCUGGGUCUGAAGGAGAACAUCAGGGUGAGACGUGCUGGAUACGCCUACCGCAGAGUCUUCAGGAAGUUCCUAAACAGGUACGCCAUCCUGACCAAAGAAUCCUGGCCAACGUGGCGUGGAGAUGAGAAACAGGGUGUCCUUCAUCUCCUACGGUCUGUCAACAUGGACCAGGAUCAGUUCCAGCUCGGCCGCACCAAGAUCUUCAUUAAAGCCCCUGAGUCGCUCUUUCUGCUGGAGGAGACGAGGGAGCGCAAGUUUGACGGCUACGCCAGGACCAUCCAGAAAGCCUGGAGGAAAUACGUUGCUCGCAAGAAGUAUGUCCAGAUGCGAGAAGAAGCCUCUGACCUGCUCCUGAACCGAAAAGAGCGGCGGCGACACAGCCUGAACAGAAACUUUGUAGGCGACUACAUCGGCAUGGACGACAGGCCCGAGCUUCGACAGUUUCUGGGAAAGAGAGAGAAGAUCGACUUUGCAGACACAGUCACAAAAUACGACCGCAGGUUCAAGGGAAUUAAGAGAGAUCUGAUCUUGACGCCAAAGUCUGUGUACCUGAUUGGACGAGAGAAGGUGAAGCAGGGGCCGGAGAAAGGGCAGGUGACGGAGGUGCUGAAGAGGCAGAUUGAUGUGGAGAAGAUCUUGGCCGUGUCUCUGAGCACAAUGCAGGAUGAUUUCCUAAUACUGCACGAGCAGGAGUACGACAGCCUGCUGGACUGUGUCUUCAAGACCGAGUUCAUCAGCUUAUUGAGCCGCAGGUUUGAAGAGAAGACUCAGAGGAAGCUACCACUCAAGUUUAAUAACACACUGGAGAUGAAGCUGAAGAAGGAGAACUGGGGCUUCUUGAGCGGUGGUGGCUCCAGGCAGGUCCUGUUUGUGCAGGGUCAGGGAGACAUGCCCGUCCUGAAGCCAUCGAGCAAAUCUCUGCAGGUCAGCAUCGGCUCCGGGCUUCCCAAGAACACACGCCCAACGAGGAAGGGUUUCAGUCAGGGUCGCUCCAACACGUCCAGAACGCACCACCACAUCCCAGCACGAGCUGCACCGGGACCUCCAGUGGCUCACCAGAACGGUGGCCUGAAAAACACCAACCACGCCGCUAAUCAGAGAAACAUGCAGCACCACAGCCAGCGGCAUCCCUCGUCCGGCAACUCGACGCGCCCCUUCCUGCCCAGUAACAUCCACCAGCACAGCGAGCGAGGCGGCGGCGGCGGAGGCGGAGGCCGGCAGCAGCCGAACCUGGACUGCCUGAGAGUCCCCGACCAGGGAGCUGCAGGUGCUGGAGACAGACGGCCAGCUUCAAAUGGAGGAAUAGCCCACAGACCAUCAGCCAGCAGGCCCGCGCCCGGCGGAGGACGACCCAAGCCUGCGCCCAAACCCAAACCACAGGUGCCCCAGUGCAAAGCUUUGUACGCCUACGACGCUCAGGACACAGACGAGCUCAGCUUCAACGCUGACGACGUUAUCGACGUCAUCAAAGAGGAUGCAUCUGGAUGGUGGAUGGGACGCCUUCGAGGAAAGCAGGGACUUUUCCCCAACAACUACGUCACCAAAAUCUAGGAGCUGCAGGUUUACAGCGCGAGGCUGAGAGCCUGCCUGCGUCCCUGCUGUCCCUCUCAGAGCACGGGACGGGGCUUACAGUCACAGAGAGGAGCACUGUGAGACACUUCCUCCACUACUGCCUUAUAACGAAUGAAUGGAACCCUCAGUUACACCACCAGGCCCAAAGAUCGUCAGGCUCGAAAUGAGGCUCUCUUCUCUAAAGACAAGAAGACUGUUUGACCCCAGGGUCUGUUCUCCUCUGCAGUCCCUCUGAGUACUGAACAAAACUAUUUAUUGUAUUUAUAGCUUUCUGUGUUCAUUUACACUUUUCUGAGAGCUCAAACGUUUCGAAGCGCUGGAAUGAAAUCUGCUGGGGACCAGGCUGUGAUUUCUUACUCUGUUUUUUAGUUGAAGGUUUGAUCGCCGAAGCAAACCUGGCUGUCUCAGUGUCAAAGCUGAAGUGACUGCUGUUUUAACAGGAAUAUUUAUUUCAGUGUAAAACUGUCACUACUUCCCGAGGAACAGACGCUCAGUAAGUCACUACGCUGGGAUUUUUAAAUACCAAAGUUCAAUGAUUUUUAUUUCUGCUCUGUAAACAGUAAAGCGGUGUAUCACCUGGAAAACCACCUUCUUUUUUUUUUUUUUUUUUUUUUUUGUCGAUUUUAAACUUUGAUCACAUCAGUAUAUAUUAGACAAACAACAGUAAAGGCCAUGUAUACUGUAACCUGAGCAUGCUGUCUGUGGUGUAUUAGCACUUUAUUGGUACAGGUACUACCUUGGACACAGACAUCGUCACUCAUUCAUGCCACAGCCAGUAAGUCAAGUCUAUGAAGGGACAGAUUGCCAAGCUAGUCACUGAGGAAAAUAAUGUGUUUACAUGAAACAGGCAUUUUAGAUCUAAUUCUGUAUAUGUGUUCAUAUGUAGGAGUAUGCCUGUUAGAAUAUAAAUAUUCCUUCUUUUUUGUAUUUUCUUCUUUUUUUAUUUCCUCUGCGUUUGAUACUCACGGGGCUGUUCAGCUAAGGCUGAAUAAUAAUCACAGAAUUAUAAUUUUUUUUUUGGUGAAAGAAAUUUGUUGACAAUAUUUUUUACAAAUACUUCGUUUAAAUUCUGCUCGACUGUUUCUGCACAUCUUUUGCACUGCUGUUGCAUUACUCACACAUUCCUUUCUUUUUUUUCCUUUUUUUUUUGUUAAUCACAUAACCACAUUAUGCUGUACUCGGUAUAAAAAAAAAAAAGCUGGGACCCCUGUCAUAGAACUUGCUGCAUCAUUAAACAUAGUUUGAUCUUGGAUGGUUGAAUUCAUCCUUGUGCAAUACACACCAGUAGAUGUGUCUUUUAAUAAAGCUUGUAAUGUGGCAUAGUUAA